AUGCAAGUGGAGAAGAAACCAACAGUUACCAACAGACAUCCAACAGAUCUAAAGCAUGAUAGCUUGAGUGAUCAUCUGGUUGAUAGUUGGCUCUGGAAUAUGAAAAGGAGUAUUGCUUUAUACGUCGCAGUCAUCGAUACGCCUAGCGAAGAAGGACAGUAUAUCUCUCGCCCAGAGUUUCGUGACACAAUCAAGCUGGCCUGGUAA